CGGCUCCUGCGCCUGCCUGUUCACGCAACCUUCGUUUUCGAUGGCCCACAGCGACCCACAAAGAAACAUGGGACACGGGUGAUAACUACGGAGCAUUGGAUGCUCGGGGCGAUGAAGAGCUUCAUCGAAGCAUUUGGGUUUGACUACCGGACAGCUCCUGGGGAGGCGGAAGCUGAACUCACCCUCCUCAACCAACUCGGCUUCAUCCAUGGGAUAAUGACAGACAACAGUGAUGCACUUGUAUUCGGAGCGCAAACCAUGAUUUGCAAGUGA